CUACUGUCCAACUCCAAAAAUGAUGCUCACACUACUGUCUGUUUCUUCUUUCUUUGUUGUGUCCACACUCAUUUUCUUCUGACUCUUCAAUGAGUUAAACAUACAUCACAUAGUUUUUUUUCCUCACUUGGGGUUUGUUGUUUUUUCCCAUUAUAAUAUUUUUGGUGUUUGUUCCAUUUCUACUAAAUCUAAAGGUUGGUUUCUUGGUAAUUUAACUUUUCAGAGAAACUGUUCUGUUUCCUUCUUUCAGUAAGUAGUUUUAGCUAUGAAUCCUUGUCUACCUGAAUGGAAUAUUGAGGCUGAACUUGCUGUUCCACAUCAAAAGAAGCCUAUGGGAUUUGAUCAUGAGCUAGUGGAGCUAUUGUGGCGAAAUGGGGAAGUAGUAUUACACAGCCAAACACAUAAAAAGCAGCCAGGCUUAGAUCAACAAACAAUAAGAGUUGCUGGAUCCGUUGGAAAUCAGACCAAUUUGAUUCAAGAUGAUGAAACUGUCCCAUGGCUUGACUGCCCUAUCGAUGAUUCGUUCGAUAAAGAGUUUUGUUCCCCUUUCUUAUCUGAAAUUUCAACAACUCCAUUAGAAGCUGAUAAGUCAAUUAGGCAAUCAGAGGACAACAAUAAGGUUUUCAAGUUUGAUCCAUUAGAGAUCAACCAUGUUCUUCCACAACAACAUCAUUCCGUUUUCGAUCCAAAUCCAAUGCCCCCUCCAAGAUUUCACAACUUUCCUCCACCUGUAAGGUCCUCCAAUGUGCAGCUUGGUGGCAAAGAAGCUUCUAGAAGCAAUGUUAAAGAAGUGUCUGUGAUGACAGUUGGUUCAAGCCACUGUGGGAGCAAUCAAGUUGCUACUGAUGCUGAUACUAGCCGGUUUUCAAGCAGUACUGCAAAAAGAGAUUUAUCUGCAGCAAUGAUCACUGAUUAUACUGGAAAAGUUAGUCCACAAAGCGAUACAAUGGACCGAGACACAUUUGAACCAGCUAAUACAUCAUCGUCAGGCGGAUCGGGUAGUAGUUAUGCAAGAACAUGCAAUCAAUCUAUAGCUACCAAUAGCCAGAGCCACAAAAGGAAAAGCAGAAAUGGUGAAGAACCAGAAUGCCAGAGUAAAGCUGAUGAGCUAGAAUCAGCUGGAGGAAACAAGUCAGCCCAAAAAUCUGGAACUGCGCGAAGGAGCCGUGCUGCAGAAGUGCAUAACCUAUCUGAAAGGAGACGGAGGGAUAGAAUCAAUGAGAAGAUGAAGGCCUUGCAAGAGCUUCUUCCUCACUCUACUAAGACUGAUAAAGCAUCAAUGCUGGAUGAGGCUAUUGAAUACUUGAAGUCACUUCAGAUGCAACUUCAGAUGAUGUGGAUGGGAAGUGGCAUGGCAUCAAUGAUGUUUCCCGGUGUCCAUCACUACAUGUCAAGAAUGGGAAUGGGGAUGGGCCCGCCCACGGUUCCUUCCAUUCACAAUGCUAUGCAUUUAGCUAGGCUUCCUUUGGUUGAUCCAGCAAUGACACAAGCUGCGCCUAAUCAAGCUGCAAUGUGCCAGAAUUCAAUGUUGAAUCAAGUUAACUAUCAACGCCAUAUGCAGAAUCCCAACUUUGCUGACCAAUAUGCCAGUUACAUGGGGUUCCAUCCACUUCAAGCCUAUGAACAUUUUUGGCUUAGGUUCACUUACAGCACGGCAAGGUCAGCAGUUACCGCAUCUGACUAAUAGUAAUGCACCCACCACUUGAAGAGUUAUCACUGAGGAUGCUAUUCUAUCAAUGGAAAAGUUAGGUAAGGGACUUUCUCUUGCUUUACCAUUUGAAAAGUUGCAUGGAGUUGUUUUUGCGUAGGUAAUUUACUCAGAAAGCUACAAGAGUAACUCCAAUUUUCAAGUUGAACUUCAACACUUAUGAGAAUGUUAUUCACCUCUCACUGGAAGUACAUAGAGAAUAGGUAAAGAUAAAGUAAAACAAUUAUAUGUUAAUGUGGUUGUCCCCCUUUUCUAUAUACUACUAGGUUUGCUUGAUUUCUCAACUAUGAAAGUUUUGUAUUUUGAGUGACAAGCUCCGCUAAUUAGGAGUUACAUAACCUCUUUUCUCUGUUGAUGACAUUUCCAGUCCGCUCUAUUUAUGAUUGUUCAAUUACUGUUUGAUUAUGCUUAAACAAAUUAGAAAAGAUCACCUAAAUUUAUUAAUCAUUAAUCUAUAUUCAUCUACAAGUAGUGCUUGAGUAGAACUAAGAAAAUAACACCUGUUCCGCGCAGGCGUUUAGCAUCUUAUCUGAUUUUAUAGAACUUAUCUUCCAUUUUGACAGGACAAGGAAAUUGCCUUGUUUGGCGUAUGUUUAUCAUGUUACUAGACUCUAGCUAGCCCUGCAGAAAGGUCUUAAGAUUUUGGAAGCUAACCGUCCAAAAAUGGAAGGGACAGCGGCACCAUAUCAAUGGAAUACAUGAACUUCAUCGUAUGAAUUUGUGUACGAGGCUCAUGGAGACUUCCUCAUAUAUGUGGGGCAGAAAAGCUAUAGCAAAACUAGGGAUCAGUUAAGUUUUAUUCUAUAGGAGCAUAUUUUUCAUGUUGCCAACUUUUACGCGGCCAAAUGACAGGAUUAGUAAUUCAGUAGUUGGCAUCUGUUUUGAAUCUAACGUUUAAUUGGAACUGUAAGCUACUGUAUAUAACAAAAAUUUACUGAGAAAUAAGAAAACCAUUUGGUCUUCAAAACUAAUGGUUGGUUUA